AGAGGAGAUCUAACGUAUAGCUGCUGAGCUACCCAUUAGGACAGGGACACAUUUAACAGUGAGGACGUGUGAACGAGUUUUUCUUCAAAAGCAAAUGUUAACUUUCGGAUAGUACCGUUUGCUAGACUGUCCAGCGUUUCGGGUGCUGGCUUUCUGCUUACUUUCUGGCGUUCUGCGGGGGAAAUAGCAAAAAAUGUCGUCUCCAAGUCCGGGUAAAAGGCGAAUGGAUACCGAUGUGGUGAAACUCAUUGAGAGCAAACAUGAAGUCACCAUCCUCAGUGGACUCAAUGAAUUUGUAGUGAAGUUUUAUGGACCACAAGGAACACCAUAUGAAGGUGGGGUGUGGAAAGUGCGAGUAGAUCUUCCAGAUAAAUACCCCUUCAAAUCGCCGUCAAUAGGAUUCAUGAACAAGAUUUUUCAUCCCAACAUCGAUGAAGCGUCAGGGACAGUGUGCUUAGAUGUCAUCAACCAGACAUGGACAGCUCUUUACGAUUUGACCAACAUCUUUGAGUCGUUUCUGCCCCAACUGCUGGCUUACCCAAACCCCAUCGAUCCCCUGAACGGAGAUGCAGCUGCCAUGUACCUUCAUCGGCCAGAGGACUACAAGCAGAAAAUCAAAGAGUACAUCCAGAAAUAUGCAACAGAGGAGGCUCUGAAGGAGCAGGAGGAGGGGGCCGGUGACUCUUCAUCUGAAAGCUCCAUGUCUGAUUUCUCAGAAGACGAAGCCCAGGACAUGGAGUUGUAGUAAUAGGAGGGCUCCCCCAUCCCACCCCCCUCCUUUAACCCAUCACAAAGACUAUAUUUGAUUUCCUAACUAUGAAAAAAGCAGACUUAUAAUAUUCAUAUUUAAACAAGUUGAUUUUUUUAUUUUUAUUAUUACUACUAAAACAAGGAUUUUUAUGAAAAUAUAUAUAUAUAUAUAUAUAGCCUUUGGUGUGUUUGACAGACACCCCUUCCUCUCUGUAGUUGUUAAUCCCUGCCGCACAGUUGUCAUGGCGAUCGCAUCCAUAUUCUCUGCCCGUCACCUCUGCGUUUGUUUGACGUUUCUCUCCCCACGCAUCUAAAUUCUUGACUCGGACUUCACUCUGGUUUUAUCGUGCACCCCAAGUUGACUCUGACCAGCUUGUUGGUUGUUGCUCGCCCAGGUCACCACAGCGCCAUCGUCUAGUCACAAAACAGCUUUUUAAGACAAAACUUGACGUUUUUGUGCAAAUUCUGGGGGGGUUUGCUUGCACGUUUUAACAAAUAUAUCGUGCAGUAGAGGCUCUUGGCUUUGACUAGUUUUUUUUUUUUUUUGACUUUAUGGCUUCUCACGUUGUAU